AUAGAACAAGAGAAAAUUCCUGAGAUAUUGGAUCGCGGUGAUCGGUGCUAUUUCGUGAUACCGCCAAGAAAACCAACAGUGCCAAGUGCGCGAGUUUCUUCUGUUUGUGCACAUUGCAGGAAUAACAGGAAUACACUUUACGGAUUAAACGGGGAAUGAGAGAAUAGAAGAAAAUAAAAAUGUCGCAAGUUGAACGGAAAGAGUACCAAGAAACGAAAGUGAUGAGGACGAUGUCACCUGCCCGAAGAAACUAUAGCUCAAAUCAAAAUUUAUCCCAAUUUGAUAGCAACUUAGAUUACCUCCUCGAAGACCUUCAAAACUCAGUAUCUCGUCCAGGAAGUUCGUUAGGAUACAACAGUAGUGGAAGUCAUACACACAGGGAAACUUCUCGUGUUGUGGAUACAGGCAGAAGUAACUCGCUGAAUAGAAUCGCCAAUUUAAAAUCGUCGAAUCCAGUAGAAUAUUCUUCGGAUGAUGCGUACAAUUAUACAAGUCCAGAUGGAAACCAAAAAGUUAGUGGUUAUAAAAAAGAAAAAUACAUUUACAAAACAACCAGCGAGGAUAUUACUCCGGACAAAAUACGAACUCAAAAUAGUAUAAAUCAACUAGAUAAUUUGUUAGAUGAUCUUCAACAAGCGAAGAAAUCUUCGUUUUUGGACACAGAGACUUAUAAUAGCACUGGAUCCGAUCCAAAGUAUCAAAGCUCUAUAUCGAAGAAAUCUAUUAAUAGAGAACUCCACUACGGAGAUACACCUCGAAGCAGCACCAGAAGCCGAACCCUUGAAAGAGACGGUACGCUACAGAGGGAUGUGGAGUACAUCAGCGAAGGUACUUACAGCGAUACUCGCACAAACCGUCCAGUUUCCCCAGCUGUCACCUCCAGAACCUCAACUCUAAGCAAACAGACCAAAGUGAACAACAUACACGAGUAUCCCGUCGAGGUUAUCGAAACAGUCACUCCAGAAAUAGAUCCUGAAGUGCUGGCCCACUUGGACCCUAAUUUAAGACCUCCCGGUAACACUAAAGUUACCACCACCAUCAAAACUUAUACUUACGAAAUUCCCGGUUCUGGAGACUUUCCUACGAACGUCAACGACUCUACUGAACAAAAAUAUGUUUACUCGCCUAACAAAUCUAUAACCACGCCGAGCAAGAGUUUUGUUUAUAAUAAAGUCGAGAACAAAGAGAAUACCGUCGUGCACCAGGAUAACUAUCCUCCUUAUCAAAAACCAAGUCCUCCAGGAGGUGUCUUAGUUAAAGAAACCAUCACCACUCGCAACUAUCAACCGGGCUACAGGGUUGAUAAAAAUCCACCAACUACAAACCAAACAUACAUAUACAACGAGACCAACACCACCACGAAGAACAUUGAUAACGGAUACCCACCUGCACCUCCACCGCCACCAGCCCAAAAUACAUAUAUACUUAAAGAAACUACAACGAACGUGAACAAAAGUGAGCCUCCUCCAAGAAGCUAUCCCCAUCAACCUGGAACAGAGACGUACAUUUUGAAGGAAACCCAUAAUACUAGUGUAAAUGAUUAUCCCCAACGCCCUGAGCCUUAUCAACCUGGUAAAUCGACGUAUAUUAUCAAGGAGACGCACAAUACAACUGUUAAUGAUAGAUAUCCUCCUCCUCCUCCUCCUCAACAGCCAGAGAGCUAUCCUCCAGGAAGGGAGACAUAUAUUAUUAAAGAAACUCAUAAUACCACUGUUAACGAUAGACCGUACUCAGAGAGGGGAUAUCCUGUUUACAAUCCACCUGAUGAACGAAAUCCUCCUCGUACCACCUACAUCUAUGAGGAAACCACCAACACAACUACCAGCAACCGACCUGGUUCCCCAUACCAAAACGGAUAUCCACCCACUGAACCUCCAAAAACGAUUGUCUACAAACAUGAAACCCAUACCACCAAUAACACGUAUGAUCCCAACAGACCUAGACCAGACGUCGAGACAUUUGAUCCCAAUAAUCCUCCUUACGGAUUUAAGAAACAUCCAAACGAACCGAUAAAUAUUCACUACUCUUACAAAUCAACAAGUAAGACCGAAAACAAUUAUAAAGGAGGAUAUCCACCUAAUGGUGAGACAGAAAGUCUGUUGCCCAAGAAAUUCCCAACUCACGACGGACCUGAUGGACCUCCCAAGAAACUGGACGAGCUUAUGGCCACAAUAGGACGUGAGCCUCCAAACAGUCCAUUAAACGCAGGCUUCCUUCAGCACGAGGAAGAAAAGGCACACCAAAAGAAGGUAGACAGCUUGAAACAAAAAUCAGAAGUGGAAACUUUACAAAAGAAAGAACCUCCACCAAAAUCGAAGAACAUCGCUGGACCUCCCGUAUACUAUCCACCAGGAGAAAUGUUUUUGAAGAAAGAAGAAGGUGGCGAAGCAUGGAGAGCACAGGGAGGAUAUGCCAGAGCUUCUGGCAAAUACCAAUACGAAGCUGAAAGCAGGAGCAAAUCAAAAUCGAGUAGUGGAGCUGCAGUUGUUCCCGUUUGUCUACCUUUGUGCUGUGGUCUUCCAUGUACCCUCUUGUAAAAACCCCGAAGUGUCUUUCAUAUAUGUUUUUAAAUAAGAAUUCACAAGUGCCUUGAUUUUUUUAGACGGAUAUAUGCAUAUUAAAAAUGCGUACAAAACAUUCAAAGAAGUAUAUUUUUGUACUAAUUAUUUCUGGUUGUAUUAACUGACGGUACCAAAAAUCAUUAUUAUGUGAACGGAUUUGAUAGCAUUCUUAGUUAGCGUUGAGUUUGAAAAAAAUAACUAAAAUUGUGGAACUAUAAUUAGAACCCUUGAUCUUUACCUGUGCAUUAUCGCGAAUGUAAAAAGUAACUUUUUCAACAGUAAUAACUAUUUUGUAGAGAAUUCUCUUCUACAACAGUAAAUUUCUAAGUAACCUGUCUUUUAGUAGCUGUAAAUGCACCACUAUUACAGAUUCCUAAAAAUGCGUGAUUUUAAUUUCAUUAUCACAAAUAUCACAAAAUAAAAACUCAAAAUGUCAGGUAUAACAACUGUCUGAUUUCUUUGGGUAAUAAACUUAAAUGUCACUUAAUUUACAGUUUUUGUCACAUUCAGAGAUAUUACAGUGAAAUAUUAAUUCAAAUCUACACGAAUCUAUUAAAUAUGUGACAUUCACAUAUAUUGGUUAACCUGCUACUUGAUAUUUUGAAUUUUAAUUUGUAUUUGUAUCUUUUGUCUAUACUAAAAAUGUAUACUUGGUUGCCUAUACUCGACAAUGAUGACAAUUUGUGUUGCAUACAUCAGAAAUACACGCUUUACGGAAAAUAUUAUAUUUGAAUCACAGUAUAUAUUUUAUUGCCUUCAGCCUAUAUUCAUAAUGAUAAUUUCAUUACCUUCAGAAUCAAAACUGGCAUCACUUAUGUCACUUACCAAAACGUGGAUAUUUAUGACGCAAAAAAUGGGGCAAAAAUUAAGACAUACGGAAUAGACAUUUUUCAAUUUUUCGUCUACUUUAAAACAUUUUCUUACGCUAUUGUUUAAAAAACAUUUUUAAAAUGUAUCUUUUAGUUAAGUCGUUUGGAGAGCAUUAAACAGAUGUAUUCUUAAAUCAUUUGUGCAAUAAAAAAGCUUUAAUAGUAACAGUGCAAAAAUUACGUACAAUAGUAACAGUAACAGUACAAAUUGAAGAAUUGAAACUUCUCAUAAAUCCAUUUCUGGUUAUAUGAACUAAUGUACGAAUAUUCUCAGUCAUAGCUACUCCUGCCAUCUAUGGAAUGUUCACCGUGUUAUUUAUUUUAAAUUAUAAAAGAGUUCUCAUUGCUAUUUAAAAUCAUUACCACAAUUUUUGAGAUAAUGUGUAUCUACGGGAUUAUGAAUAGGUAUGAAUCUUGGUGCAAUUAUCUUAUAGACAGACAUUUGUACUAGGUACGUCAAAAAUGUUUCUUGUAUUAAGUCAGAUUUUAAUUAUACACAGGUAAAGAUCCACGGCCCCUAUUAUAUAAAGAAAAACACGAUACUUAAAAAAAGAUGAUUUGGAAUACGAUAAUCAAUAAGAAAACUUAUGGGCUAUUUUUAUUCCCAGAACAAAAAAUAUAAGACUUUUAACAUGAACAAAUCCCUAAAUAACACACGUCAUGACAAACGUUUUAUUUUCAAUGUUUCUUAUUUCAUGGUGCUGCUAUAUUCUAUAUAAAAAUACCUCAAAGUUACAUUCACUUGAUCAGAAUCUUUAACCCAUUUUUAAACUAAUACUAACUACAAAACUAUAAAUGUAAAAAAAAACUAGGUUAUUUCCACACAUAGUUUUUAAAAAUCUUAACCUAUAUAACUUAUUAAAAAUUGUAAAAUUUGUAAUUUUCUUAGUUUAUGUUUAAUGUAAAUAUAUUUCGUGAAAGAGCUUUAAAAAAUGUAAUUUGUUUUACUCACAAAUUGUUAUAUACAGAACUCGAAAUACGAUAAUUAUAGUCUUGCCUGUUAACAACAAAAUGUGUCUAAUAAAUAAUGUAUUUUAAUAAAUAAGUUAUUAAAAACUAGUUAAUGUGU